GUGCGGGCCGGGCCGGCGCGGGGCGGCUCCCGGGCAGCGGGCCGUGAGGGGCGGCGGGGGAACUGCGCUGGCGCGGGAGCCGAGCGCGGGGAGAGCUGCGAGGGAAACGCGGCUCCCACCGAGCCGGUGGUGACGACUGGCGCGAGGAGGUUUGAAGAAGAAGGCGGGGCGGUAAAAGCGGCCCCGAGCGUUUGCGCUGUGAGCUCCCCCUGCUGCCAUUGGCUCCCGUGGCCCGACGCCGCCGCUGUUCCCGCCAGGUUCGGUACGGCGCUAUGGGUAAUGCACCGGCGGAAGAUGAAGUAACGCUCUUUGAAAGAGCUAUGAAAGAGUUUUGGAUCCAGUUUAAAAUCAGUUAUGGCACUGAACAGAACAAUCAGACGUCAGCGCUGAGAGAUUUGUGCAAGGAGACUUUAGAAGCUCUUUCAGAGCAAUGGUCCAAGAAGCUGAAAGAAGAGGAUCUGAUGAUUGACAAAAUUCACGAGUAUAACAAUGAGAUUCUCCAGCAGAGCAAAUACGUAGCAGAAAAGGAAGAGCAGUUGACAGAAAUAAAAUCAAAGCUAAAUCAAGAAGAAGAGCAGCAGAAGAACUUGACUGACAGCAUCCAAGAGCUUAAAGAAGAGUUGAUGAAGAAAAUGGAAAUAAAAUCUUCUAAAAAUAAAGCUGCCAAGGAGAAAGUGGAACAAGUGAGCAAGAUUAAAACAUUGUUUAAAGAGCAUCUUGCACUGGAGAUGCGUAGAAUUCCAGAUGAGCAAUUACAGUUCAUAUUCAGACACAUUGACCACAAAGAUCCUGAUAAGCCAUACAUGUGUACUGUUUCCAUAAAUGAACAAGGGGACUAUGAAGUGACUUCCUGUACUCCUCCUCUGGACUGUAUCGCAGAGUUACAGCUUAAACUGAGAGAAACUAACAAUUUUUCUGCAUUUGUUGCCAACAUCAGAAAAGCUUUCACUGCUUUAUCAUAUAAACAGUCUGCAUGAAACUGGUUUGUACCUCUCUUUCUGGCUGUAGAGCACUCUUACUCCCUUCCUGUUGCUAAAAUGGUGGAUUUAUCCAUGUCUGACUCCUAAUUUCUAAAUAAAGAUAAUGAAAGCAGUAUUUUAGUCUACUGUUAUCUGGACACAUUUUGGAUCAUUCGUUCAACAAUAGUAUCUCUAACUGCGGCCUUAACUGAAUGUCUCUGGACAUGUAAGCUUUGAUGCAAUUAAUGCAUUAAUGAUGUAAUGGUUUGUAUUUAGCUGCCCCCGGGGAGAUAAUCAAAAUGAAGUACCUUCUGUUGUUUGUGUAUCUUUUCCAAAAGCAUUGAUGUCUCUUUCAAGUUUCUGUGUAGUUGAAAUAGACCUGAAACCUAUUAAAAAAAAAGUGUGCUGAAGCUUGGCACUUACUUCAGUUACUUGUGUCAUAAGUCAUUGUCUUGAUUUUUACCCUAACUUGUACUCUACAGUGUUAGCAUUUCUAUUCAUGCUUUUCUUCUGGACUGUUAAACUUUGUCAUUGGUCAUCUUUUGAUGUGGCAAAGCCUGAAGUAUAAUGUAUUAAAGUAUGAAAUAUAAUGGUGACAGAUAAGUAAUGUAUGUAUCUUGCAACUUAUCAAGAAGAUUAUUACUACCACAAUGCUCAGCUUUGAUUGAAAAUAUUCUUUUUCUAUCUUGUAAAGUGUUUUUGUUUUUACAGAAUAAUUAAAAGGACUGUUGCAACAAGAAAGAAAAUGUUUCAUUUGAUAAUAUACCACAGUUCCUAUAAAGUGUUGACUAAGCUCAGUCCUAGAAAUUGUAGUGAAUCAAAAACUAAUAUUAUGACCUAGUCAUUUAGGCAUGUUUAAAUCUGGUGAUCAGGUCUUAGCUGAUCUGAUCAGAUAUUCUUAGUACAGUUGGGAAUAUUUCCCAGUCACAUGUGAACUGUAUUUUAAAUAAUUUAGUUUGUCUGAACUUAACCAUAUAGCUUGAUGGAUACACCAUAGGCUGCACCCUCAUCUUCUAGGAGCAAAACUUAAAAAAAGUCAAAGAGAUAAUCUUCCAUUUCUUCUUCCCUAUAGGGCAUACUUUGCUAAGUAGUGCCUCAUUUUCCUUGGUGUGCCCUAUUGAUUUUUUUUUCUUGUGUUACAAGGAAAAAAAAAUCAAUAGGGCACACCAAGGAAACAAACUUUGCACACAAAGAACAGUAAGAAAGGUAAAGGUGCCAAUAGAGUAUAGCAGUAUAGCAGCAGAGAAUUACUAAGCAUUACUGUAAUGACAUCUCAAAUAAAACAAAUCCUCAGUUUCUGCUUGGUGUCCUCUGUCAGGACAAACCCUGUGUCCUCUCUGAGAAUUCUGUAACUGGCAAUGGUACAAAGAGGCGAGGGAUGGGAGCCUGACUUCAGGGGUCUCAUUGUUCAUUAGUGGAUUCGCUUCCUUUUCAGCCAAAUUAACAGGAUUUAAGUUGCAGGUAUUUCUUUCAACAAAUUGCUUCUACCAUUAAGAGAAUGCUGUAGGCAUUUUUAUGGAUGUCAGCAGACUAGCCAGAGCUCAAAAAAUGUAUUGAGCCAGCAGUGCACUUCCCACUUGUGUCAUCUCUCCGAGGCAUUAUGGCUGCUGUUGGCAUCUCUUCCUUGUACAGAAGCCCUUCCACAGGUCAAAGCCUGUCCCUUCCAGCUUCUCCCUAAUGACAUUGCUCACAUCCAGGAUGACUGUUCAUUUUGAAACAUAGCCUUGCCCUACUUCACCUGUCUGUGCUAAGCACCUCUGAGCUGCUCUGAAAGGAAACUUCAGCAUGCUCAACCAAAUAGUUUACAGCUGUAGUAUGAAAGCACAAAGGCAGAACACAACCUCCUCAUUUCCACGAUUUCAAAUGGAGCCGUUUAAUCAUUAAGGGUGUACGUAUUGCUCAGACACCCUCUGUAACAUAUGUGAUUUGAUCAUGUUCACAGGAGAAAGAAACUGAAAUGCCUGGAGUAAUGAAGACAGAUGUUCAAACUUAGAGCCAUUUUCUUUUCUUGUUAGUCCCAGGCAUAAGUAGAUGGUGACAGAAUGAAUUUGUCAAGAUUGCUAUGCACAGAACAUAAAAUAUGUGACAACUACUUUAUUGAAAUAUACAUUCUUAGAAAUUAUUUGCUAGAGAAUAUGAUGUGUCUGGUUAUAAAUGUCCUGUGCAUAUGUCUAAAGCAAGAAGUUUGGAAUAUUUACUGUGUGUAAUAAAAACCUUUACAACUCCUUUUGGAGCUAGAAUAAUGUGCCUACUUAUAUUUGCCAGAGCAAAUCAGACAGAGAUCUUACUUCCACUAAAAGAGAGGCAGGUAUUCCAAAAGUGGGUUAAAGCUAGGAAAGCGUACACAAUAGAUGUGCUUCUUUACUUAUUCUAAAAUAUGAGUAAAACUGGCCUGUGACUUCUAUGAAACAGCCUCAUUCUAGUGGAAGAUGUGUCUUGACAUUUUAAAACCUUUGUUUCAAAUGAGCAGUUAGUACUUAUAGAAUGCCACACACCUGGAUCUGUGAUGAUUUGGAAUUUUCUAUUUCUAUUUUCUAUUUGUUAUGAAGCUUCACAAUACAGUGAGAUCGAAUAAUAGUAAAGACAACUAGGAUAACACAAUAGACUGACCCAACAGGUACAGCUAUUGAGAAGCUGAUGUGCUGGGUAGUACACAGAUACAGACUGAAAUGUCCCAAAGAGCAGAUGGGAAAGCUCUUGAGCUCAAAAGCAAUAUGCAGCUUAGGGCUGUGACACACAAUCAGCUAAUGCUGGCACUCCAUUUAUUAGCAGGAUCUUAAGGCAGACAUAGAUUUUAAUGAAGGUCAGUAAAGGCUUUUUGAAUGAAUCAAUUUGCACAAUGCUGAACAUUGCUUUCCCUUUCAAAGUGCUGACCCAUACUUAAGCUACCAAGGGUCAAGUCUGAAAUGCAUGGGCUAUAGACUAAUGCUGACCAUACAGUAAACUGCUGAUGUAUUGGUGCUCAGCACCUCAUCAAAUUUAUCUCAUGUUGUAAAAAUCUGGGGGAAAAGUGUUGAAUUUAUGAGAUACUGGAAAUACACAAUGAAUUUAAAGACUGCUGGGAAGAUAAAGUAACAUUAAAUGUUAAUAUCAUAUGUAUUAAAUGUAUUUAAUCACUAUUCUUUGUAUGCUAGCUGGAGGUCAGAUUUGAAAACAAAUCAAAUUACCGUGAGACUCCUGGCUAACAGAACAGUUUUUUUACGCACCUAUUCAAACAAGAGUGGAGGUGGUUACUCUUGGAUGUUGUUAGGUGUAUUUUGAAAAACA